AUGUCAUGGCUUAUCAAUUCCAUGCAACCACAUAUAGCUUAUGAGUAUUUACUGUUGAAUAUUGCAGCUGCCAUUUGGAGUGCAGUUUCUCAGACCUAUUCUCAAGUUGGGAACGAUGCACAAGUGUAUGAGCUUCAAAACAAGGAAGUAGACUUUUACCAGAACUUUCAAGCCUCAUGUCCUGAAGAUGCUGUUAAAUUUCAGAAGUUGGUUGAGAAAGAGCGGAUCUAUGAUUUUCUUACCGGGUUGAAUAUGGGAUAUGAUCAAAUUAGAGUCCCAGUGCUUGGAAAGAAUCCUUUACCUACCUUAAGACAGACAUACUCUUAUGUUCAGCAUGAAAAGAGCAGGAGGAGUGCCAUGAUUCAUUCAUGUCUGUUGAUAAGGCAGGAUACUAACACCACUGAGAUGUUUUCCAAUGAAGAGGUACAGACUCUAAGGCGUCUGCUAUCACAACUUAAAUCGCAAUCCACCACAGUUGCCUCUUAUAACUUCAUCAACUCAGGAAAAGAAAAAGUUUAUACUGCGGAUAGAUCCUUGUCUAGUGUUUUUGGAGCAGGUUCUGUUAAAUACAUCCCCAAUAUAAGUCUUAGUUCUGUUUUACAUGAAUUGACGACAGGGAGAAUGAUUGGCAGUAGUAGACUGCAAGAUGGGCUAUAUCUCUUGAAUGAUUAUGUUGGCCAGGCUAUGUUGGGGCAAUCUAUGGUAUGUGAUGCUUGUGAGUUUGCCAAACAUACCAAACAAUCUUAUCCUGCAAUAAAUAAUAAGGCUUCAGUUCCUUUUAUGAUUAUCCAUUCUGAUAUAUGGGGGCCUACUCAAACUGUAUCUUUAUCGGGUUACAGAUGGAUGCCUCUUCGAACAUUAGAGUUUAAGAGUCCUUUAGAGGUUUUGCAGGGUAAAAAUUCAUAUACCGUUCCUCCAAAGGUAUUUGGUUGUGUUUGCUUUAUUCAUAAGCUUAAUAGUGGAAAAUUAGAACCCCGGGCCCUGAAAUAUAUUUUUGUUGGUUAUUCUAGCACUCAGAAGGAAUAUAGGUGUUAUCAUCCUCCUUUACGAAAAUAUUUUGUGAGUAUGGACGUUACCUUCAAGGAAUCUGAAUCUUAUUUCCAUCCACCUCUUCAGGGGGAACAUAGGAAGGAAGAGACUGACAAGGCAGAUUUGAGAAUAUAUACCCGACGAAACAAGACAGAUAUAGCCAUUGAGCAGGAGACUGCUGAUCAACUGGAAUCCCUGGAUUCAAUUCCUGGACGUCUUGAGGUAUGUGAUGAGUCUCCUUUGGCUCCUGAUGAGUCUAAUUUUGAUUCUCAGUCUGUUCUUCUUUCUUCUGAUAAUGAUCUUGAUAUUCCUAUUGCUCUCUAG